AUGGGCAAAGCCGACGGAGCUGCCAAGCUGAGCGCAAAGGACCUGUACGAACAAAGGAAAAAAUACUCCAACUCCAAUAUCAUUAUGCACGAGACUUCACAGUACCACGUACAGCACUUGGCCACAUUCGUCAUGGACAAGAGCGAGUCCAUCGUGACAGUGGAUGAUGCUAUUCGAAAACUCAUCUUGCUCAACUCAAAAGAGAAGAUCUGGACGCAGGAGAUGCUGCUGCAAGUGAACGACAAGUCCAUCCGCCUGCUGGACUGCGAGUCGCAGGAGGAGCUGGAGGACUUCCCACUGCCGACAGUCCAGCACUGCCAAACGGUGCUGAAUCAGAUGCGCUACUCCUCCGUCCUUCUCCUGGUGUGUCAGGAUUCAGAGCAGCACAAACCUGACAUCCACUUCUUCCACUGCGACGAGGUGGAGGCGGAGAUGGUUCAUGAGGACAUAGAAAGUGCCCUGGCAGACCACAAGCAUGGGAAGAAGAUACGGCCACAGACACUCAAAGCAAACCAAGAAAAGAUCAAGCAGAGACAAUCCAUCCUCCCACCACCGCAGGGGCCGGCUCCCAUCCCGAUCCAGCAUGACAUGCGCGGCUCAGCAAUGAACAGGAACCGGGUGGCACCCCCUUCCCAGCACAAUCCAGACUAUGAACGACGAGGCUCCGGUUCCUCUCAUGACCACGAAGAGUCCCGAGCCAUCUUAGCACAGAAGAUUGAAAAAGAAACGCAAAUCCUGAACUGCACUCUGGAUGACAUUGAAGUGUUUGUUGCCAGGCUUCAGAAGGCUGCAGAGGCAUUCAAACAGCUCAACCAAAGGAAGAAAGGGAAGAAGAACAAGAAGAAAGGGCCAGCAGAGGGUAUGCUGACUCUUCGAGCAAGACCCCCAAGUGAGGCUGAGUUCAUCGACUGCUUCCAGAAAACCAAACUGGCUUUUAACCUCUUGGCCAAACUGAGAAAGCACAUCCAGAACCCCAGCGCUUCAGAGUUGGUGCAUUUCCUAUUUGGGCCGCUGGAACUGAUUGUCAGUAGCUGUGGUGGCCCUGAGCUUGCCAGGUCUGUCGUCACCCCGCUUCUUUCUAAAGAUGCCACAGAUUUCCUCAGGGGACACCUGACACCAAAAGAGAUAAACCUCUGGGACUCCCUGGGAGAGACAUGGACCAGAUCCAGAGCUGAAUGGCCCCGAGAAGCAAAUAUCCCCACCUACAUCCCCAAAUUCCGCAAUGGCUGGGAACCACCUGUGGAAAUCUUCCGCGGAGCUCCAUGGGAAAUAGACAUCGGACACUUGCAGGAAGAGCUAUCAUCAGCCAACGGAUAUCCCUACCGUAACUCCUCGCUCAAGCGCGGCCAGACCCCUGAUCAGACGCAAGCUGUGGAUGCCUUUAAACAGAACGUAACUCAGCAUGUAAAUAGGAAUUUUGAGGCACAGGGAAUGGCUCCACCGAAGAGAUAUGCCAAAAUCCGCUACGAUUUCACCGCGCGAAAUGCCAAUGAACUCUCAGUGCUUAAGGAUGAAAUCCUGGAGGUGUUGGAAGAUAAUAAGCAGUGGUGGAAAUUGCUCAACCGGAGCGGGCAGGCUGGUUACGUCCCUUAUAACAUCCUGGAUGUGGUGAAACUGGAAGAGCUCGAACAGAACCAGAGGUACAAAGGAGAUCUCAGCCCCAGGGGAUAUGGACCCUCCAGCCCCAGUCACAAGCUACCUGCCAGCUACGCUGGGGAUAAAUGGGGAAGUGAAAUGUUAUCGCGCAACUCUCCCCAGGACGCCAAAGAACAACUUAUUCAUCAAAUGGAUGAGCUGAAUGAUGAGCUGCUAAAGAAGAUCACAAAUAAUAAAAUUCAGCCUCCCCAGAGGAAUUUCAAAGUGGAAAAGCCUCAGCAAGUUUUUGUACCCCUCACCUUCGAAUCCAGCACUGAAGAAGUCAAAGCUUGGCUGGAGGCAAAGUCAUUCAGCAAAGAGACAGUGGAACACCUUGGCAUCCUUACUGGAGCUCAGCUCUUCUCCCUCAACAGAGAGGAGCUGAAGAAAGUGUGUGGUGAUGAGGGAAACAGAGUAUACAGUAAAAUCACAGUGGAGAAAAACCAACUGGAGAAAAGCAGAGGGGAGUCAGAGCUCCAAGAAAUCAUGAAGCGUCGCCAGGAAAGGAUUGAUUCUGCUAAUUAAAAUCUGUCUGCUUUAUUUCACCUAUUAGUCAUAGUAGUGCAGAAAAAGGGAAUGAAAGCAAUGAUCCCCAGCCCAGCCCAGUGACAGCAGUGCUCCACGCUUUGUGGUGUAAUUGCCAUCAAAGUGACAAUUUCUUGAACACUGUUGAUAAGGGUAGACAAUAUGAUCAUGUCCCAUUGGGGAAGGUGUUUUAAUAUUGCAUGAAGUAUUUUUUUUUAUAACUAUAUAUUUUAUACUGAAAUUUUAUGUGCAUGCAGUCA